AUGGAGCAUGUACCGGAGGCCCAGUCUCGGCUACACGAUGGGAACAGAUUUCUGCAGUUCCAAACGGGACUACAUAUAUACUACUCCACGAAAACUAUCGAAGGUGCUCGUACGGACGGUCUCUAUGCCUUGGUCGCCGACGGCGUGCAUGACUUGCAGCCCGACGCGACCAACAAGCGUGGACAGUUGUAUACCAUCCAUGGUGUUUGCAACGACACCAUCGACGUCCCGCUUGUCCCCCUCGGAUGGCAUUGA